CGCCGGGCAAACCGAAAAACUUAAACUCGAUAAUAAAAACAAGACAAUUCAACGACCAAAUAUUGAUUAAUACUUGAUAUAAUAAUUAAUUAAUUAAGACCAAAAACUGGGAAAUUGGGAUAAUCAAGAAAUUAUGCUUCUUCCAUAGAAGGUACGAAACACUUCACAACCCAACAAUACUUUUCACUCUUCCUCUCAAAUGGUUUUUUAGAUCUCAAAUUUCAAUAUUAAGUUAGAUUCUUCCUACACAAACAAUGAUAUUCAGAUCCAAAAUUAAAUGGGCAGCUCUAGGAGGACUCAUCUUAUCAAUUGUUUCACUGGGUGUUCACUUAAUUCUUGCAAAAUAUUCUACUGAUAAUCUUGUUCACUAUCAUUCAAUCAGUAUACUUACUGAUGAUUUUGGUAUUUCUGUUGGAGGAACUAGGGUUUUGGGUUACAAGAAAUUGUGGGGACAUGUGAAAUUUCUUCAAUCCUUACAGCCUUAUUCUAAUCCUAGAACUUCUUUUCCUGAGCCAGCUGCUCGUAGCAACGGUUUCAUAUAUGCUAAAAUAUAUGGUGGGUUCGAGAAGAUUAGAAAUUCGAUUGCUGAUCUUGUCGCUGUAGCCAGACUAUUAAAUGCCACAUUGGUCAUCCCCGAAAUUCAAGAAAGUCUCCAGUCAAAAGGCAUCAGCUCAAGGUAUUCAAGCUUUUCGUACGUGUACAACGAAGAGCAGUUUGUAUCUGCAUUGAAAAGUGAUGUUUUAAUUGUGAAGACCUUGCCUCCAAAGUUGAAGGAAGCUCGAAAACAAAAACGGUUUCCGACUUUUAAGCCUACCCGCACUACUUCCCCAAGUUACUAUAUAUCAGAAGUUUUACCCACGUUGAAAAAAGCAAAGGUUGUCGGUUUAGUCAUCUCUGAUGGAGGUUGUUUACAGGAUGCCCUUCCUUCCAGCUUCGCAGAGUAUCAGAGGCUAAGGUGUAGGGUUGCUUAUCACUCAUUGCGCUUUAGAGCAGAAAUUAUGGCGCUUGGACAUGAAAUUGUGAUGAGGUUACGAGCUUCUGGUCAACCAUACCUUGCGUAUCACCCCGGCCUUGUUAGAGAUGCAUUAGCUUAUCACGGUUGCGCAGAGCUUUUUCAGGAUGUUCACACUGAACUGAUACAGUAUAGGAGAGGACAGAUGAUUAAGCAACAUAUUAUCAAAGACGAAUUAAUUAUCGAUUCACAUGCACGGAAGUUAAAUGGUUCAUGCCCCCUUAUGCCCGAAGAGGUAGGUUUGUUGCUUCGAGCCAUGGGGUAUCCUCCACUCACAAGAAUAUAUGUGGCAGGUUCAGAGAUCUUUGGUGGUCAGAGGGUUUUGAUCCCUCUCCGUGCCAUGUACACCAACUUGGUAGACCGCACCUCCUUGUGCAAUAAACAGGAGUUGCUGAACUUGAUCGGCCCCGAAAAACCACUAUCAGAGGAUUUCGUUGAGCCACUUCCAUCUAAAAGCCCGCAACGGUUCAAGGAAGAAUGGGAAAAGGCUGGUCCCAGGCCUAGGCCACUUCCCCCUCCACCCGACAGACCUAUCUAUCGUCAUGAGAAGGAGGGAUGGUAUGGCUGGGUUGCUGAGACGAAUGUAGAGCCAGACCCCUCACAAACCGAGUUGAGAAGUCAGGCACAUAGACUCUUGUGGGCCGCUCUUGAUUAUAUAGUGUCAGUUGAAGCAGAUGCAUUUUUUCCGGGGUUUCAUAAUGACGGCAGUGGAUUACCGGAUUUUUCAAGUUUGGUUAUGGGACACCGACUUUAUGAAAUGGCCUCGUUAAGAACAUAUCGACCAAAUAGGAAAUAUUUGGCCGAAUUAUUCAAUAGUAGCAGUGAAAAUCGAUACCAUCCCAAACGCAGCUGGAUUCUUUCCGUCAGAGAACAUUUGAACAAGAGUAUAGGCGAGGAAGGUCUUCUAAAGGAACUACGUCUACGUCUUUCGAAGUCCACUUCUUUUCUUUCGUACCCCAUUCCCGAGUGCUCUUGUCGGAUACCAAAUCCUGCCAAGAUUUCGAGUUCAGUUUUUAAAGGUGUCGAUGAGUGCCCUAAAUGGAUGGAAAAAGGGCUAAAAGUCGGCUUACAAGACACAUUAUUUAGUGGAAAUGAAUCACAAGAGGAUGAUGCCGAAUUAGAUAGGCAGCUGGAACCCGAGGAAGAGAAUUCAACUGAGACACGACCAUCAUUGGAGCAGGACGAAGAAAUGGAUCCCGAUGACUAGAAGUUAUGCAAAUAUGAUUCAUUCUUCUUAUAGUAUACGCCCUUGAGGGUGCUAGUCGGAGUGUACUAAUGCACCACGGACAAAGAUUUUUUUUCAUUUGUGUCCAUCAUAUUCAGGAGACAUUUCGAGAUGCUACGAAGAUCGGUUUAUCUUCUCCAAGAGUUUGCCUCGAGCAGUCGAGCCAUUGCAAGCAUAUACUAAAUGUUCAAUGAAAAUAUUUCUUGGGAAGCUGCAAUUUUUGGAAGCUAAUUUAAGAAAGUUCAUUUUCUUACAUUCUUUUAUUAUACAGGGAUUCCACACCAAGGUUAUAUAUUUGUCUUCAUUGUUUUUAUCUUCAUUUUGGGAGAAAAUCAUUUUAUUUACCCAUAGAAUUAAAUUUAUUUUUCUUCUUUUUUGUAUAUCAAUGUAUUUUAAAUCUUUUGAGGCGAUGUAUAAUUUGUUGAGGUAUUUCUUGUUGCCAUUAAUUUUGAUUAAAAUAACUUGUUAUUAAUGGUUAAAAUAACUUGUUAUUAAUGGUGUUUUUAUUGUCAUCUACUCCCUCUGUUUUCUAUUGACGUUAAUAAAAUAAAUAUCGUAGCUAAGAAUUUUAAGGACAUGGAAAGUAAGGGGAGAGAGAAGAGAAGACAUUUGGACAUCCAUUUUGAAAAUCAAACGAUUAUUUAAAGUCAAAUUUUUGUUUCUCCGACUAAAGUCGGGUAAUUUUAUAGAUUGAAUCGCACUAAGAUUUCUAAUUACCAUUACUAAUACACAUAUUACAAGAAUAGAAGGACAAACGUUGAAC